AUGAUUGACCUCCAGAGAAGAGUUGUCAUUAUCGGCGCUGGUGUUGGUGGGUUGUCCCAAGCUAUUGCUCUCAAAACUAAGCUCGGAUUUCACGAUUUUACAAUAUACGAGAAAGGGUCUGAAGUUGGUGGGGUGUGGAGGGCCAACACAUAUCCUGGAUGCUCGUCGGAUGUCCAAAUUCAUUGGUACAGCUUAUCAACAGACCUUUACCCAUACUGGAACAAGUCGCAUGGCCUUCAACCGGAGAUUCAAGCCUAUUGGAUUAAGCUCUCGAAGAAAUAUAAUCUAUAUCCACAUAUCGCGUUCAACACAAAAGUGUUAUCUGCCGAAUGGGAUGAUGCCAAACAGCAGUACACUAUCAUCACAGAAGAUGUCUUUUCAGGCAAGAGAAUGUCAAGCGUGGCCCAUGUCGUGAUAUCUGCCAUUGGUAACUUGGAGGCCCUAAGGAUUCCGUACGAGAUCCCUGGAGUUCAGGAAGUUUCAGGUGAUUGGAAAUGCCUCCUCCGGUUCGUGCCACAUCUAUCUGAAGACCCGUCUGUUGAAGUAGUUAACUUCAUCCGUACCCCCACCUGGUUCAACACUCGACCACAUAUUCCGUACUCGGACACCGAGAAAUGGAUAUUUUCCAACAUUCCUCUUGCAAUGCGACUGCACCGAGCUUGGAUCAUGUUCUGGUUCGAUCUUCCCUCUAUCGUACGCCCGAGUGACAAAACACUCAAGAAACGACGUGAGGUGAUGACGAAAUACAUCCUCGAUAGCGCGCCGAGUAGAUACCGUGGUUAUAUGAUACCCAAUUAUCCUCCAGGUUGCAAGCGGACUGUCGCAAACAGUGGUUACCUGGAUAUUCUUCAUCGGCCUAACUUGACACUGAACUUUGACGGAAUUGCCAACAUAGUAGAGAAUGGCAUCAUCACAAAAACUGGUGAACUGUUGCCAUUUGAUGUAAUCGUAUACGCGACUGGUUUCACCGGCGAUCGAUACCCAAUGCACGUUCGAGGCUUGAAUGGAGCUACUAUUCAAGGCUAUUAUGAUGCUCAUGGUGGCCCUACCGCAUACCUCGGGACUACAAUUCCUGACAUACCAAACUUUUACAUACUAGCUGGACCCAAUACUGGAACACCAACAUCGUCGUUGUUUGUGGAAGAAGUUCAAAUUGGAUAUAUCCUUCAACUCAUAGAGCCGGUCCUCAGCGGUUUCGCUUCGUUUUUCACCGUCAAAGCUUCACCCACGGAUGCGUAUAAUGCCAAGGUUCAAGAACGAAUAUCCCGCUCGGUGUUAGUGCAAUGCUACUCCUGGACACGUACGAACGGCACAGGGAAGGUAUUUAAUGCGUUCCCUUGGGCUGUGACAAUUUGGUGGUGGUGGCUUCGCAAACCGAAUUGGGAUCAUUAUGUGGCAGUCGGCGCCGAGAAAUGGGUAUGGGCAAGGCGAAGAAAGACUGUUAAGAACAGUUUGAAAUGGGCUGUAGUCUUGACGCUAUUGUGGUCAUAUAUCAGCGGCUCUGCUCAGACGACAUGGUGCGACUAUCUAUGGCUUAUGGCUACUUGA